GAACGAGAUCUUGCCUGUGACGUCAUUGAAUAGGAACAUAAGAGCUUUAUAGUCGUCUCGUGUGCGUAGGUGCUUUCCGCUAUUUCUCCCACAUCAACCACAGUAUCCUGCUCACGUUGAACCGUGCGGUUGUGCUUACAAAUGAGUAGUUGUUUAGUGCAAGUUUACGCAAACUUAUGCUUUUGUGUUUUGUAUCAAUUCGAACUAAUGCAAUAUGUUAGUAUCGAGAAUGUGAGAAAUAUAGCAAGAGACGUUCGUCAGGGUAUUGGAAAAAUUAUGUUAUUGUCAAACGUGGUAUAGUUAACUCGAUAGUCCAUGGUAUACUAUAGGUAUUUGAAAAUAUGAGAUAAGAAAUGUCUCCAGCGCAGCUCAAGUAAUUAGUUAAUAUUUACUCAGUAAAGAAACAACAGUUUCCUAACUUGGGUUUCUAAGCAAUGUUGGUGUAUCUUGAACUAUAUUGCCAAAAUUUAUAUCGCUACUCACCAUUAUAAAUUAUUCAAAACGUCGCCUUUAUAAACCUGCGUCUUGUAAAUAGAUAGUACAUCGUGUUAUGAACGUAUAAAUAUUUGUUUAAAGGAAUUCAACUGGACACAGCAUAAUAUACUGUCAUGUCGUUUCAAUAUUACUACCGUAGAGUGCUGAAUAAUUUCAACAAUUUUACGCUUGACGACGUCACUUAACCCUUCGUGUAUCGAUAGAGAUAUUCUUAAUUCUAAGGCUCGGGCUCUGGUUAAAGUGCGGUGCACAUAUACUUUACUCGUUUAGUGCUGUGAAAAUGUAUCCUUUACUCGUUUUACAGUUGAGUGCUGUAAACGUUUUGAUCCUCACUGCCCUGGGAAUUGUUGUUUUUGCAGCGUUUGUGUUCAAGUUUUUCACUUUACAUCGUCUUCGUAACAUCUAAGCCCUAAGGCUUCCCAAAGUGCGACGUAAGCUUAGGUUCUUUUAACGGUCAGGUUUCUUGGGCAUGGGGAAAACCGAAGGCAUACGAGAAAUUCACCUGAAACUAAAAAGGCUCUUCUAGAAGAUUAUGAGGAUUUUAAGAAGUUGUUUGCUGACAUGCGGUUUGAUGUGAAGAGCUACUCCGGUGAAAUGAAAUUUUCAACAGUAGUAGAAAAUCUGGAAGCCGUUCUAGAGGAAAUUCAAAGAAACCCUCUCAUCAGUUGCUUUAUAUGCAUGUUUAUUGGCCAUGGGGGUCCUGGAUUCAUAAAUACAGCAGAUGGCAAACUUGAUAUUCACGAAAAUAUCCUCAGCAAGUUUAUGCCACAAGAUUGCUUGAAAGGGAAACCGAAAAUAUUUAUAUUUCAGACUUGCAGAGGUACGAGACACAAUUUUGAUAGCCUCGCUUGCUCCGGUACUCUUACAGUUCCAACAGUACUAAACCCAGAGGGCUCGGAUAUGUUACUUUGCUAUGCUUCCUGGCAAGGUUUUGUGUCGUACUGUGUAAAUACAAAAGGAAAAGGGACAUGCUAUCUACAAGAGUUACACAGCAUGUUGAGAAAGUUUGCAGAUGGUACAAACCAUUUGAUUGACAUACUGACUGUACUGAAUCGGCAAGUCAGCAGCUCGCCUAUUAUGAACUCACAAAGAACGGAUUACUUUUAUCAAAUGCCCUCUUUCGAAUCAUCUUUAAGAAAAAAGUUGUUUCUCUUGGUUGACCAGAGAAUGCCAGAAACUGCGCCAACCGGAGACAGGGGUGAUUCGGGGGAUUUCCAGUCGUCACAACUCAAUGUUAACGUUUAGCAUGUUUGUCCACAAUCAUUUUUUAUGUCAUUCCUGUACAAAAACUGGUUAUAGCAUUUACAUGCAUUCCCUAUAAUAAAACUCUGGUUGAAAUCGAUGAAUUUUAUUUACUGUAAUAUGAAUUUGAUCUUUUCAACGCUCAACAGUUCCUAAUUGUAACUAACUUCUGUCUAGAAGUGUAGAAUACUUAUUUGAAAAUAUUCAUUUGUAGGAAUGAAGUUACACAAAUAAUUUUAACCUGUUUAUUGUACAGCUCACGUGUCUUCCGUAAUAUUAUUAUUAUUAAUAAUUCUUCAGGUAUAUAAUGGCAAAAAUUAAUUAAUGUAUACCUAGAAUGACUAACAUUUCUUUGUUUGUUUUAAUACCAAUCAUAAAAUCAACAACGCUUAAAUAUACAAGAACUAGAAAUAAAUUGAGCAUUCAAGC